AACUGCAGUCCAAAUCAAAAUGGACUUGACAAACCUCAUUAUAGAGCCACUAGUAGCGCCACUGGAAAUACAAGCGAAAUCUUGAUUUGUUUAGCCUCUCGCCUUUCUUCCUCUUCCUCCAUGAAACUUUCUAAAUCAAUCCCACGUCCAGGCCGCGCCGCUCGUGACGUUCCGAUUUCUCUCUCCACCUCUCUACGCCGCAAGUUGCGCACCAAUGGCAGCCUCAAAGGCGGCGCGUCACCAUUUUUCACCACCCCAGAAAAGAGAAGAGGCGGUGCUUUUGAAAACCCAGAACCCUCUUCCCCUAAGGUCACCUGUAUUGGCCAGGUAAGGGUGAAGACCAAGAAAAAAGUGAAGCAAACGCGUAGCCUGUCCAGAAGAUGGAGUGGAGAUAUUAGUUUUAGAAAAUUAGAGCAUGGUCAAGCACGACAGAAUGAAGAUAGAUUUUGCUCUCAAACGCUGAGAGUGAGUGUAAAUCACCAGCAGCAACAACAACAUUGCUUGCCUCCUCACCGAAAUCAGAGAUGGGUUCAUUUGCCCGUUACAAUAUGUGAGGCUUUAAGGUCUUUUGGAUCUGAAUUUAGCUGCUUGUUUCCGUGCAAAUCUUCUUGUUUCUCUACAAGCGAGAGGGAAAAGGAAGAGAAGCGGAACGGAAACAAUGGAGGGGAUAAUGGGCAGAGUUCUUCGUGUGGUGCCGUGUUUGCGAGAUGGCUUGUGUCUGUAAAUGAUGGUAAGGGACGGAAGAGAAGGGAGAUUGAUCUGGUGGGCGGCGGCGGGGAUGAAGAUGAAAUGAGGACGGAUUUGAAAGAGAGGAUGCCAAUGAGGAGUUCAAGAAGGCAUGUUUUGGAGAAUAUUGAGAUUAAAGAUGAUAAAAUUGAAGUGAAGGGUCAAAGUGUGGAGGGAGAAGCAGCAGCAGGGAGAAUGAGUAUCUGCAUACCGCCCAAGAAUGCUCUUUUGUUGAUGAGGCGGAGAUCUGUUCCUAUGAAAAUGGUUGAUCUUGCUAACAGGUUUAGUUGGGAUGCAAAUGCUGCUUCUAAACAUGAAGAUGAUGAUGAUAAAGAGAUUGAGCUAGAAAAUGAGAAUAUUGAAGAAGAGUUUGAAGUGCAAGAACGAGAAGUUGCAAAUGAAAUUCCUGAACGAAAUGUUGGCGUAUCUGUUGAACAAGAGAUCCCUACAGAAGCAGAAGAAGAAGCAGAAGUGCCUGAAAAUGUGGAAGAAGAAGUGGAAGAGGCACAAAAAAUGGAGGAAUUGUUGCACAAAACAGAGCAAGAAGAACUGGAACAAGAAUUAGAGGUAGACGAUGAUAAAUUGAUUGAAGAGGAGGUUGAAUCAAAAAUGUCUUCAUUCGAAGCUCUUUUAGAUCAAGAAAAUGUAGAACACUUCGAUGCAGAUGGUGGCACAAUUCAACAAGAGGAAGUAGAACAGAACCCACGUUGCAAUUCAUCUUCAUCUGCAGAAUCAGACGAAGAACAAGACGAAGACUGUGGAUCAACACAAGAAUUAGCUCAGUAUGAAGAAGAAGUUGCAUUGAAGAAAUUAGAAGAAACCCAAGAAGAAACAACCACCCAAUUAAUCUCUCAUCAAGAAAAACCUCACGAAGAAGAAGAAGAAGAAGAAGAGGGAAAUGUGGCAGAAUCCAAUGAAUCUGAAUCCAAAGGACAAGAAAAUCAAGAACCCAAUAAAGAAAAAGAAAGCCAAGCAUUGCCUGAAUGUCUACUACUGAUGAUGUGUGAGCCAAAACUGUCAAUGGAGGUCUCGAAAGAAACAUGGGUUUGCAGCACAGAUUUCCUCAGAUGGCUACCAGAGAGACCAUUAAAGGCAUCAAAUCAAAAACCGACAAAAGGAGGAGGCCGUGAGCAUGAAUCAAUAAUAAAGAAACUCAUCCCAGAUUCUAAGCCUAAACCCAUUUCACUUCCGCCGCAGAAUAACAACUACAAUAAUCAGAAACACCUCCAACAACCACCGCGGUCGUCGUGUUCUCUGCCGGCAGCUGCCGCUGCAGCGUCGAUGGCUACCAUAAUCGAGCAGAAGCUGGUGAAUGCCGUCGGCUACGAGCCUUUCGUGCUCACCAGGUGUAAGUCGGAACCGAUGAGGACGGCUGCGGCUAAGCUCCUGCUGGAGUCUUGUUACUGGAAGAAUGCUAUGAGGAAACUGGAGCCGCACAGACCGGCCACAUUUGGCGUCGGCGUGGCUGGAGUCGGGUUCUGAGCGGCUGAGCUGGCAAAAAUAAUUAAAAAGGGAAUCUUUAGAGUUAAGAGCUGGGUUAGUGUAAUAGUGUUGGGCACUGUAUUAUCAUGUUUCCUGUCUGUAUAUUUUUUACCCUUAAUUUUUCCAAUUUUUAGGUAAUUUUUUGUGUUUUUUGUAUUUAAUUUUAAUAUGUUUCCUUGUAAUUAUUGUAAUACCAAUGAUUUUCUAGUGUUU